UAUUUUUAGAGCCAAUGACUGGAAAUUUAGGAAUAAGUGGAUAUAUAUUGAUGGUUUGCUCAUAUAUUCUUUUGGCUCUAACAUUUCCGAUAGCAAUCUGUUUUUGUGUUAAAGUUGUAAAAGAAUAUGAGAGGGCUGUGAUUUUCCGAUUAGGGCGUUUAUUGCCUGGUGGUGCUCGUGGACCUGGAAUUUUUAUUGUAAUUCCCUGCAUCGAUACAUAUAGAAAAGUUGAUCUUCGUGUUCUCUCAUUUGAUGUACCUCCCCAAGAAAUUUUAUCAAGAGAUGCAGUAACUGUGGCUGUGGAUGUAGUUGUUUAUUUCCGAAUAUCAAAUGCAACAAUUUCUGUUACAAAUGUAGAAGAUUCUAGUCGCUCAACAAAAUUAUUAGCACAAACAACUUUAAGGAAUAUACUUGGUACAAAAACCCUUGCAGAAAUGCUUAGUGAUCGUGAACAAAUUUCUCUUCAAAUGCAAAAUAACAUCCCCAUGGGGAGUUAAAGUUGAA